AGCCGGGAUGUGUCCGACCCCGAGGGUGCGACCGGCAGCGCUACCCUGAACCGGCGCCCAGAGUCGGAACCCGGGUUGUCCUGCGUUCCCCAGACCCAAGCCUGCAGUGGACCUCAGGCAGCAGGCACCUCCGCAUGCGGCAGUGCAGUUAGGGAGAUGCUGCAGGAUAAAGGCCUGUCCGAGAGCGAGGAGGCCUUCCGGGCCCCGGGUCCAGCGCUCGGGGAGGGCAGCUCGGCCAACACCGCCAACGCCCCGGAGCCCGCGCUGGCAGCGCCCAGCCUCAGCGGAGCCGCGCUCGGCAGUCCCCCAGGCCCCGGCACAGACGUUGCCGCUGCAGAGCAGACCAUCGAGAACAUCAAGGUGGGGCUGCAUGAGAAGGAGCUCUGGAAGAAGUUUCACGAGGCGGGCACUGAGAUGAUCAUCACCAAGGCGGGCAGGAGGAUGUUCCCCAGCUACAAGGUUAAAGUCACAGGCAUGAACCCCAAGACCAAGUACAUCCUGCUGAUUGACAUCGUCCCUGCAGAUGACCACCGCUAUAAGUUCUGUGACAACAAAUGGAUGGUGGCAGGAAAGGCUGAGCCGGCCAUGCCAGGAAGGCUUUAUGUCCACCCAGAUUCUCCAGCCACUGGGGCCCACUGGAUGCGGCAGUUGGUCUCUUUCCAGAAGCUGAAGUUGACAAACAACCAUCUGGACCCCUUUGGCCACAUCAUCCUCAAUUCCAUGCACAAGUACCAGCCACGGCUACACAUCGUUAAGGCUGAUGAGAACAAUGCUUUUGGUUCCAAAAACACGGCCUUCUGCACCCAUGUGUUCCCAGAAACCUCCUUCAUCUCUGUGACCUCCUACCAGAAUCACAAGAUCACACAGCUGAAAAUUGAGAACAACCCUUUUGCCAAGGGAUUCCGGGGCAGUGACGACAGUGACCUGCGUGUGGCCCGGCUUCAGAGCAAAGAGUAUCCUGUGAUCUCCAAAAGCAUCAUGAGGCAGAGGCUUGUGUCCAGCCAGCUCUCGGCCAAGCCCGACGUCAGCCCCCUGCACGGUGCCCACCAGGCGCUGCAGCACUACCAGUACGAAAAUGGGGCCCACAUGCAGUUCGCUGCGGCUGAACCACAGGACCUGCCUCUCAACACCUUCCCCCCACAGAGGGACUCAAGCCUCUUCUACCACUGCCUCAAGAGACGAGCAGACAGUGCCCGCCACCUGGACUUGCCCUGCAAACGGUCCUAUCUAGAAGCUCCCUCUUCGGUGGGGGAGGAUCACUAUUUCCGUUCCCCCCCUCCCUACGACCAGCAGAUGCUGAGCCCCUCCUAUUGCAGUGAGGUGACCCCCAGAGAAGCCUGUAUGUACUCAGGUUCAGGGCCUGAGAUUGCCGGGGUGUCGGGGGUGGAGGACUUGCCCCCGCCUCCACUGAGCUGCAACAUGUGGACGUCCGUGUCCCCGUACACCAGCUACAGCGUGCAGACCAUGGAGACUGUGCCCUACCAGCCCUUCCCCACGCACUUCACCGCCACCACCAUGAUGCCUCGGCUGCCCACCAUCUCUGCCCAGAGCUCCCAGCCACCGGGAAACGCCCACUUCAGUGUCUACAACCAGCUGUCACAAUCUCAGGUCCGGGAGCGGGGACCCGCUGCCUCGUUCCCUCGAGAGCGCGGCCUCCCCGCCGUGUGUGAGCGGAAGCCGCCCUCGCCACACCUGAACGCCGCCAACGAGUUCCUCUACUCGCAGAGCUUCUCCCUGAGCCGGGAGUCCUCCUUACAGUACCAUUCAGGCGUGGGGACUGUAGAGAACUGGACUGACGGAUGACUCCCCGGUCUCCUCCACAGCCCCGGGACCUUGUCAAUCCACCAUUAACCUCUGUGGGUGGCCCGCGCCACCAAGGAACGCGGGGAGGUAUUUCAGAGGGUGCGUGGGCCUAUGUGCUUGUGCCUGCAUGGAUGUAUCUGGGGAGCAUCAAUCUUCUGACACAUCUGAGGCCAUGGCAAAAAAAA